AUGGUAUUUGGCGCAAUGCAAGCUGGUAAUGUCUUUGCCUUCGUGCCUGAUGUCUCGUCGGCCAAAGUCGGCUCUAGCGGUUGCGGUAAAAGUACAGUACUUUGUAUGCGGGAACUAUCCACUUCAAUAUCUUGCUCGGUGCCUCCAAACCGGAAUCUGAGCAAUCGCUUCCAGAUGGAUUUAAUACUGAAGUCACUGGCAAGGGAUCCCAGCUUUGGGGGUCAAAGACGUGGGCAUCACUCAUUGGUCAAAACGGAACACUUGCAUUACAGUCCUUCGUCGUGCUUGUUCAGUAAGCGAACAGUGGUGCCCAUGAAUUUACACCUCGCGAAUUAUGUCAGGACCUGGGGACUUAAAUGUAUGAUGGCUGGAGAAUUGUCUUCUCCUGUCUCUCGAAGACAUCUACUCCAGUGUUUGGAAACUACGGCAGAUAGGUUGCUAAUGCCUAGAGCUCUGGUGCGCCAAAUGGUCAGCUUCAUCGAGGAAGAAAAUGCGGACCUCCGAGUCCAUGGGCUCCCUGGGAAGAAAAGACUCGUAUGUCUGACCGAGCGUGUCGAAGAUUUGGUAGCCAAAUUUAACAGGCACAUUGGGCUUGGCACUGUCAACAAAUCAGAUGUGGACAAGAUGGAUUCAGAUGACCCAGAGCGGUAUUGCUCCUUCAAGAAACUCAUGGUAUGGUGUCCCUCGGCUUAUAAUCUGCUACGGUUGUCAGCCGAGCACGAAAUUCUUGCUUUUGCCUACAACAAGCUGAAUGAAGGCUCUGAUGGGGCCAGAGGGGACGACUUGGCUAGUCUUAAGUGUGCUGUUGCCGAUUGGCUAAUGGAACGCACUCCCACACCAAAUCCCACCAUUCACAGACAAGAUAAGUCUGGUCAGGGUUUUUACAACAACGUGACGGGCAGACUGCUGUGCCCAGUUGAUUACGACUGGAGCAAUCACAUGAUGGAUGUUAUGACCCCCAGAAUCCUACCAAUGGCAUUUAAACACGUGUUCACCUCUCCAACUUCCACAUAUGAGGAACAGCCUGCUGACUUGGCGGCUCGUUCUGUAUGGAACAAGAACAGCAGCGAGCAUCGCACUUGGUGCGAUGUUUCAACACUCCUCAAUAUGUGGUCUAUUCAACCUCACACCAUAGCCUAUGUGUCUGUUCAGUUCUAUGACAAUAUAGUGGACUAUCUCGAGCUCCCUCCAUCACCAGAAGCUGCGAAAGAUGUUGACGACCUUUUACUGUGGUGGAAUCAAAAGGUUUUUGGUAGAAAAUUUGUUUCCGAUUAUUGCCCGCAGCAUGCAAACAAAAUGUCUGUCGCCAUGACUUUGGCCAGGCGCUAG